CGCUGGACUUGUCAGUUUGACAUUUAUCAAGAAAAAUGUUUUGUCCACCAGCUGAAGAGGAAUCUCAAAAUCAAAAUAAUCACAGAGCUUCUCACAAAAGUAAUCGAAAACGAAAAAAGAAGCCUGCCCGCAAAAAUCUGCAGCAAGGAUUUGGCAGGAUCAAGAAAAAGCAUUCCAAGCUAGCGCUAACCAUGUCAUCGUGGGCUGAGAAUUUUACGUUUGCUGCGACUUGGCAGCUGAAGCACCAAUUGGCUUAUUGGAAAGCGCGUGCGAAGGCUUUGGAGUACGAGAAUGGCGUUCUUCAUGAUAUAAUUCGUAAGAAAAACUACGUGGGUCCUUCCACAGCGUCGAAUACUGUAACGGAAUCUGAUAGUAUGCAUGUGGAAACAGAGUCUGGAGACGACGAAGAAUACGAAGAGAGCGGCGAUGAAAAUUUAGAAGUCAGUGAAGAGUUUAUAGAGUUUCUGCAAGCGAAUGCCAAGUUCAAAGAAGAUGCUAGACUUGAAAGAGAGAGAUUAAGAGAACAAAGCCAAAAAGAGGAACAACAACAAAUUGCUCAAUUGGAGGCAGGGCCUCCAGAAGCUCAAGAAAAUAGAGAGGAGGUGCUUAAAGAAUUGUACGGUGACGAUUGGGAGAGAAUAGCUGCUUUAGAAAUGAGUUUACAGACUCAGUUUAUCGAAGAAAGUGAUAAUAGUAAGCCGGAUUACUGGCCUAAUAUACCAUUUAACUUUAAUUUUGGUUAAAACAAUGAAAUGCUUGGUAGUUUUUAAUUAAUUUUAUUAAAUAAGUGUCUAAUGUAUAAAGCCUACAACAAACAAUGUUUUUGGUCUCCUAAAUAUGUGAGGUUUCCCAUAGUUUGCUAUUUGAAGAAUUAAUUAAAUGGGACUUUUUACUAUAAUUUCUACAAUGAAUUUCUAUUUUUGUAACAACUUCAUAUAAAGUACAAAUAAACAUCAACUUUUUAUUGAAACAUUG